AUGAACACAGACAUUACAGCUUCGGCCAAGCCAGAGUAUCCAGUUGUAGAUCGAAAUCCUACUUUCACCAAAGUCGUUGGCAAUUUCGACACACUCGAUUACCUCCGUUUCGUCACCAUCACAGGCGUGUCCGUCACCGUCGGCUACCUAUCUGGAAAACCUUUUGCAGGGAUAAAACCUGGAUUAAAAGGUCCUUCAAUGGUGACAGGUGGGCUGAUAGGGUUAAUUGGAGGAUUUAUGUAUGCCUACCAGAACUCAGCGGGUCGACUCAUGGGAUUUUUUCCUAAUGAGGGCGAGGUCGCCCAGUACCAGAAACGUGGACUCAACAACUAGCGCUUUUU